AUGGCAACGCACUGGGAAGCCAUUGGCUAUCCUACGAUCCAAGAGCACCGCUCGAAGUUCGAGGCGGGGGGUAAGCUCGCCGUCUACGACAUCGAGGACUUGGUCAAGGAUGGCCACGAGACGCAAACGUGUCCUUACCACGCUGCGCUGGACUUGACAGCUGAAGGUGCAGGUCUGGUCCUUGCCACAUACCCACAGCUUCUGGAUCCCUGUGUGCGAGAGACAAGCAGCUUCAGCACCGUCCUCCAGGACGCCAUAGUCGUCAUCGAUGAAGCCCACAACAUCCCGCAGGCUGCCCGCGACGCGGCAACGCCGCUGGGGCUGGCACAGGCCACCGCGGAGCGUGAGGCCUCUCGGCCUGACUUUGAGGAAGUCGUGCUUUAUUUCUUUCUACGCGGCAUCAUUGUGGACUCGCCUAGCCAGCCUACAGGGCGGCGCUUCUCCAACCGCUCCCCACGGAAGGGACCACCACCACAGAUGGUUGUCCGGACCUUCUUGACAGAGGCUUCCCCGGCCGAGUCGACUAUUCUCCGCGCCUGGAUCAAGAAUUUCGAUCCAGAGAGUGGUGAUGUCUACUUGCUCUUUCAGCGCCUGGACAUUGAUAACUCUGGCAAGCUCACGCUCGACGAGAUCGAUGAGGAAACCGCUCGCCUUUGGCUUGGCUUCAAGCAGUGGUGCGUCACAAAUUUCGACAGCCCCCUGGACAUGGUGUACAAGCUUAGCCGCGGGAAGGAUUACCUCAGCGAGGACGACUUCUUGCAACGGUGUACCUUCUUUGACUGGAAGGAGUCUGUCCUACUUAACAACCCUCAGAGAUGCUUAGCCUCAUGCAUGCCGGCGCUUGGUAAGUCUGUUGAGAUGACACUGGAGAUGAACAGUGGAACGGAUGACGUUGCAUGUCAAAGCAAAGCUUCCGCUAAAGUGAAAGGGGACAAAGCCAAGGGUGUCUCUAUCUGGAAGGAGGAGCAUCGCGAGAAGGAGGAGAUGAAGAAGCUUGCCAUGAAGGUUUUGGCGGUGAAGAUUCGAGAGCGACAAGCGCUGGCCGCGGUGCUGCCAAACUUCAAGGCGUUCCUGAAGCGGAAGUGUGGUGGAAGCAUUCUUGCCGCCUGGCGGCGCCACCUCGAUCGUCACGCCACCAUGAAUGUCCACAAGUAUGAGCUCGCAAAGGCAGUGAAGGCCCUCUGCUGGCCGGGAGAGUUCCGCAUCCUCUGGAAAGCAUUGGACAAGGAUAAGAGUGGCCUGGUCUCCUACCAGGAACUGGAUUUGCCUGGCGCCGAGACCCUGGCUGAGUUCAAAUCCUUCACUGCGGAGCAGUUUGGAAGUGCCGUGAAUGCAUUCCAUGCCAUGGACAAAGCACGGAUGGGGUCCGGAAGGUUGUCCGAGCAAGAUUUCAUAGAGGAGUGCCAGAAGUACGGCUUCCAGGCCACACGGCAGCUCUUCAGAGGCUUAGACUUCCACGCCACAGGCAGCAUCACGCAAGACGAGAUCACGUUUGUGGACAACUGGGGUUGUCCCUCGUACCUCACAGCCCCGAAAAACGAGACGGCGGCACACGAGUUCAAGCAGCGCUUGAAAAAGAUCUACCACAGCUACCUGAAGGCCUGGAGGUCUUGCCUGGACAAGGACAACAGCAAUCGCGUGACCUGGCAGCGGUUCCAAGAAGGGGCUUCGCGGGUAAUCUUCCACAAUGACUUGGCUGGAGCCUGGCGAUACUUGACGGCGGGCUCCACAUACCUCACGCUGCACGACAUAGAUCCAGAGUCGGCAGAACUGAUCUCCAAGUUCCAGUCAUUUGCAGACGAACAGUUCGGUGGUAUGAUGAGUGCCUUCAAGCUCUUUGACUUGGACAAGAACGGUUAUGUGGACGUCACGGAGUUCACGCGUGUUCUCAUCGGCUUCGGCUAUCCGGGAAGCGACGAAGCUGCAAACACGCAAACUUGCAUAUCCUCAAGCUCAAGCAUUGUUGACCUGCAGGUUUUAACCAGGUUUUAUUUGCAUCUGGGUUCACUGUGUCCUCUGCUCCGCGAAAAGUGUGGUUUCAUGCAGAGCUCUCCUCCUAGUGCGGAACGUAGCCAUGAAUGGGCUGAGGUCAAGUGA